GGAGGCUGCCGAUAAAACAUGGGCUGUCUCGUGGCUCGACAACGAUACGAAAAAAGUUGCUGUGGAAAAGCUGAAGAACGUGCGCACAGUGUUGUGGCCUUCGGACAAGUUCCUCACGCGGGAGGCACUUAAAGAAGCGUACGAAAACUUCACCUACAGCGCUUCGUCAUUCGCCGAGUAUUGGAUCGAGACGCGUCGCAGCCAGCGCGGGAUGUACGGCUCCGAGGCGGGCGAAGAGGAGCUGCUUCUGGGCGACAGCACGCAGCUGCCAUACGCGGACUACGAGCAGAUGCUCAACCGCCUGUCUCUCUCAUUGGGAGCACUGGCCCCUCCGCUCUUCUGCAAGGAUGGCACCAAUGCCAUGUUGUACGGUGGCCUGCUGUACUUUUACGCCCGGAUGCUCAUCACUGCUAUUGACAGCGCGGGAGUGAAGUUCAACGCGCAAGGCGAGUUCGUGUCGUCUUGGUUGAGCGACAGCACUAAGGAUACUUACGAACAGCGAGCACUCCACUGCCUACCGGGAAACACCAGCAUCUUCCCCGAAGUUCCCGCAAUGGAGGUGGCGUAUGCAGCAUUCAAGCGACAUCAUCAAGCGAAUAACAUCCGGUUAUCUGAGGAAUUGACCGAGGAGAAGGUGUUCUUCAUCACCGCCUGCCUCGCCACUUGCGCAAUGACGCCUGCCGACAACCUCUAUGGCGGCGACUGCAACAAGGCGGUCAUGAACUUCGCGCCGUUUGCCGAAGCCUUCAGUUGUCCUGUCGGUUCCAAGAUGAACCCUGCAUCGAAGUGCACGUUUUAUGAUUGA